AUGAAAGUUCGUCGUAGAUAUUCUACCAUUUAUAGCGUGUGCAAUGCCAUCGCGGGAUUUAUAAUGGGGGUUUAUCUCUUCAACGCGGCGGUGUUCACGUAUUACAGAGGAGCUCAGAACCAAUUCCGCAAAGCAGGACGAUCACACGUAGAAGGUGGCAAUCCAUCUUUAAACAACCACGAGGAACAGUUUCUUUUUAUCGGCGUCAUGACAACUCGAAACUACUUGAACACAAGAGCGGCUGCGAUUGGACGAACGUGGGGAGCACACGUUCCGGGGAAGAUCGUCUUCUUUGUAGGUCAAGGUGAAGACGUGGAAGGGUAUCCGGAUUUAAAUGUCGUGGUUUUGGACGAUGUUUCGGACUAUGCUUACCCUCCUCGGAACAAGUCGUUCGCGAUGUUGAAGUACAUAAACGAUCAUUACAUCAGCGAGUUCGAGUGGUUCAUGAGAGUCGACGAUGACGUGUUUAUCAAGCCCGACCGCCUGGAGGUAUUCCUCCGCUCUGUAGAUAGUUCCAGACGUCUCUAUUUGGGUCAGCCGGGGCUUGGCGUCCCGGCAGAGCGAGGAAAGCUCGGGUUACGUGAUGACAGUUUCUUCUUCUGUAUGGGAGGUACGGGGAUAGUUUUCACGAGGGACACGUUGAGACUAACAGCCCAAGGGUUCGAGUCGUGUCUCCGGCACACCUACUCGCAACACGAAGACACUGAGCUCGGUAGAUGUGUUGACGAACUUGUUGGAGUGUCAUGCAGCGCCGCCUAUGAGUUUUCGAAAUUGUUCUAUCAAAACCGAGUGCACAGAAAUGGUUCGUUUGAAGGUGAACUGGACGAAAACGCAGUUCUGUCAUUGACCUUACAUCCCGUGAAACAGUCGGAACACGUGUACAGGCUGCAAAACGUCUUUAACGUCAGACGAUUGUCACGUCUUAAAGAGACAAUAUCUCAUCUAGAAAACACUAUCGUAACCAUAGACAACAAACUUUCAGAAGUCAAGCACAAGAAGCCAAAGAGGAGAAGUCACAGACGACUGUACAAACGAAGUGCAAAAGCAAGAAUUACCAAUAAUGGGGCAGACGAUAUUUGGAAUAUUAUCCGAUCUGGACUGAUACAUGCACGUACACAUCCGUAUCAAAAUCCGUACGAAACUGUAGAGAGAAGGGGAAGACAACUAAGAAUUAACGAAACCCUUUCGGGUUUGAAGAAGUUACUACCACAAUCAAAACUCGAUAAACCCGUUUUCUAUUACGAAAAAAUAAGCCCGAAUGUCGGGGUAGAACACGUAGUGGUGACAGGAAACCGGCUUUCUUAUAAACUGUAUGUGGCCGUGCAGCGUUUCCAACGACCAGAAGUAAUCGAAAUUCAGACCGAAAAUAAAAUUCGAGAUAUCGUCGUGUAUAUGAUACUACCAGUAUAUCGAAGGCCGAAACAGUUCGCCAACUUCCUGACAUCGUUGUAUGCCGCCGCUUACCAAUACCGCGGCCAGAUCCAUCUCAGGGUUGUCGUGUACAAAGAUAUCCACAAAGAGUAUUUAUCAUCUCUGAAUCGUUUCAAAGAGUUCAAGGUACUCGAAGGUGAGAGCAAUGAACAGGGCUGUGCACGGUCUACCUCUAGACUCGCUGAUCCUGUUCAUGGACGUCGAUAUGAUCUUCACAGCUGGCUUUCUAGACAAAGUGAUUCUCAACACGAAGCGCGGCAAGGAGGCCUUCUUCCCCGUCUCUUUCUCCCUGUACGACCCGAAAACAGCCUGCCACGGGAAGCCUGGCUGUCGCUUCGAGAAAACAGUUUCGAAAUCCACCAAGAUCGCGGAACGUGGCGCCAUUUUGGUUUUGGCAUUGUGGGAAUCUACAAAGACGACUUCCUGCGCGUUGGAGGCUGGGAUUCCUCGAUAGUGGGCUGGGGGAAGGAGGACACUCUCUUCUACCAGCAGUGUUUCAGCUACGGGUUUCCGGUUUUCCGCUCCAUUGAGCUGGGAUUGGUGCACGUGCACCACGUGAAAUACUGUGACGUCAGCCUGCCCAACGACCAGUAUAAAAUGUGUCUCGUGUCCCGGGUCCAGAUGUACGCGUCACAGACCGUGUUGGCUGAUAUCGCUUUUAACAUGAUGUCAGAUUCUGUCAAGAACAAGGUGUCGGUAUGAGAACAAUAGACAUUCAGGCUUCACACGCGUGUGCAAGGGGCUGGGUAUCCCGUUCUGGAGCUAGAUGGACAUUUGGACGGUUAUAAUGGCUCUCUUAACCAGAGAUAAUCGUAUAGGGAAAACACGGAAUGGCUGCCUACCACACGGUAGACAAAGAUUCCCGCUCUAAUACAACACAAAUCCUAGAUGUAUGACGCUAAAUACCGUUACAUUGAUCAUCG